UUCCUGCAGCUGGAUGGGCUUGGACACUGGACUGGGCUCUCUGUCCCGUGCAGCUCCACGGGAUCCCGCUGCACACACCGGGACCUGCCAAGGGGGUUCAGAGAGGAAUGCUUGGGAUAAAGGCAUGGGAAAGGUCCUGUUGUGCGAGGCCAACUCUCCAGGCAGCUCUCCAGGCACUGCAGCCUUCCAGGAAGCUCCUGGCUCAGCCUUCCCAUUCCUGAGCCCUCGGAACCAGAGCAGAGCUCCAAAAAAACCAUGUCCUCCUCCGAGCCCAUUCUGGACCUCAAGGGAGACACGGCAGAAGCACUUCCAGAGAACCUGGGAGGAGCAGGGGAGCAGAGCUCCUGCCCACCACGGGACACUCCAGGGGCUGGACAAUUCCUGGAACACAUGGAACCAGCGCCAGCAGCCCCCGAGGACGCUGCGGAGCCGAGGGAGAGCCCCGGGAGGAGGCAGGAGCGGGCUGACCCCGGGAACGCCGCGGGACCCGCCGGCCCUGGGCAGCCCAUCCCCGGCAGGGCCGCCCAGCCGCAGGGGAAGGUGCCCAGCCCCAGCGAGUCCCCGCCGUGGCCAGAGGCUCCCGAGGAGUGCCCGGCCCGGCCCAACACCCUGGACUUGGGCAGCUCCCCGAGGAGGCUGGAGGAGGUGAAGCAGGCGUGGCAGCGGCGGGGCUGUGACCGGGCAGCGGUCAGGGAGAACGGCGUGGAGGCCACCACGGCCACCGCCACGGCCACCAACACGGCCACCAGCACUGCCACCAGCACUGCCAACACCACGGCCAACACCACUGCCACCAGCACGGCCACCAGCACUGCCACCAGCACGGCCAACACCACGGUCAACACCACUGCCACCAACACGGCCACCAGCAUGGCCAACACCACGGCCACCACCACUGCCAACACCACUGCCACCGCCACAACCAGCAGCACGGCCACCACCACGGCCAACACCAUGGCCACCAGCACGGCCACCAGCACGGGCAGCAGCGAGGAGCGCCAGGCCCUGCAGUCCGAGCUGGGCAAGUGCAUCGAGGAAUUCCGCAGGAUCCGGAUCCCGGCCGCCUUCCCCAACAAGAAGCGGCAGUGGCAGAGCGAGCUGCUGAGGAAGUACCAGCUCUGAGCGCACCCCGGCUCCCAGCGCAGGGAAUGAUCUCUCCGGGCUGGUGGGUUGCUGUUCCAGCAGCGGCACGGCUCCUCCACGCUCCCAAAACGAGGAGCAGAGGUGGCUCGUGAAGCCCAUCCUGAUGUUGAAAGGGUCUCAAGCCUGUCCCCACCUCGGUCACAGAGGGGAUGCUCCACGGCCCCAGUGGCACAGGCACGGCUGGAGGGGGGAGGACAAGGAAGGAUGUCCAGGGGGUGUUCAGCACCAGCAGAAAUUCCCACAUUUCUGAGACUGAGUGUCCCUGGCAUUUGAAGCAAUAAAAUCGAGUUGGUGUCCGAAAUGAGCUCCAGUCUCCUCAUGGCUUUGGGGCAGAGAUGGGAAUUUGGCUCUUCAGAACCCUCCAAGUGGCUGGGAGAUGGAGUUCCCUGAAUUGCUUGGGUUUUGGGGCUGUGGAGGGGGAGACCAGAUCCACAUUUUUAUUCCUUUUAUGUGGAGCCAGGUCAGUAAAGUGUUAGGGGAAGUGUUCGGGGAAAUGUUUGGGGAAGCUUUUAGGGAAAUGUUUUGGGAAGUGUUUGGGGAAAUGUUUAGGGAAGUGUUUGGGGAAGUGUUCACAGGGACAUGGAGAGCACUGCAGUGUGAGAUGACGCUGGGCAGAGCUGGCAGCCAGGAAAAGCUCUAAUCCCACAUCAUUCCCUGCACAGGAUCCCCAGUUCCCAGGAAACAGGCAGACAGGAGCUCAGGGAGCAGGGGAGGGGCUGAGCCA